GGCAGCUCUAUCAGUUUUGUUUAUUUUGGUUUGUUAGCCAUAUACAUUGUGGAAUAUUGAUUAAAAAAUAUUGAGCUGUACAUUACCAUUCAAUGUUUUCCUUGUUUUACGAUCCUAUUAUAAAUUAUUAUGAAGAUAUGAUCAAGUUAGUACAAUUGUGAAAAAAGAUAGAAGUGCGCAAACUAGUUUAGUCCGGUCAUAAGUUGUGUUUUUGGCCCGGCUGCGGUUUUUCAUAGAUGACAAAGGGAUAGAAAAAAACCGAACAAAUCAAAUUGAGCUUCUUCAUUUUAUUUUAUAGAGUUGCCAGCCUGUUAUAAGAUGGCAAUUCCUAAAUUUGUUCAUUUAAAAAAUUUGUUGUGGGUCGUGUUCAGUAUGUACAGAUAUACCCAAGACGAAGAUUUGCCAGAAUUCAGUGAGAUAUAUUUACGUGUAGCAUUCUUGAAAGUUUUCGGAAAAGAUUACGCUAUUAAACCAGAUGUUUUACAACUUUAUCGAAAGUUAUUGGUUUUGUACUAUUGCCAACAGUACCCAUCCAUUUCGAAUGUAUUUCCAAUAAUGGAAAGAUGUUUUAGCAUGAAUAACAUCACCAAUAUUAUUGCGCAAGAGAGUGAUCUCAAAGACCAGUGGGAGAAAUUCAUGCAAUCUGAAAUUUCUAACAAUAUGAAUGAAAAAACUCAAAAAUGGUUCAAAUCAAUAUCACAAUUUGAUAAUACAAAUAAAAAGAGAAAAAUAUAAUUCU